CCUUGGUCUCAAAAACACCCCCCUCUCCCCGAUCGCUGGCCAAUCGUACGACAUCCUCAAUAUCUUGCAUCGCGCUUGCGGCUACACCACGAUCGUCUGCAUGAUCGUGCACUCCACCAACAUGGUCUCCUACCUGUUCAGCAUCGGCUACCAGCACUACCUCAACCUCCCCGGGCAACAUGCAGCCGCCGUUGCCGGCUUCUCCUUCCUUGCCAUCGCCGUCACCGCCAACCAUCUCGUCCGAAAGCGAUGGUACGAGCUCUUCUACCUCGCCCAUAUCGCCCUCGUCAUGAUGGUUCUGAUCGCCGCCUUCAUUCACGUCUCGCAAAUCAACUGGGCCGCCAAGACCUUCCCCAUUGUCGGUGCAUGCAUCUGGGGCGCCGACCGUCUCGUCCGAUGGGGCAAGUGGUUCUUCUACGGCUACAACAACGAGUGCACCCUCGUGGCCCUGCCCGAAGGCGCAACAAAGGUCAUCAUGAAGCGCGCCAUCCACGGCCGACCGGCGUCCCACGCAUUCCUCGCCAUCCCUCGCAUCCGCCCCUUCCAAACCCACCCCUUCACCCUCGCCUGCAGCAACCCCGCGACUUUCGUCAUUGGCGCCCACAACGGUUUCACCAAGUCGUUGCACCACUUUGCGACAAUGCACCCCAACCGUACCCUCCGCGCGGGCAUUGAAGGCCCCUACGGUCAUGUGCCGUCCGUGGAACGCUUCGACCGUGUCGUGCUGGUGGGAGGCGGCAGCGGUGCAACUUUCACCGUUGCCCUCGCCAUGGACUGGCUGAGGCGGACGGCUGAUAAGGAAGCCGGAGCCACCCACUCCCUCGACUUCAUCUGGGCUAUCAAGACACGAGGUACGGUUUUCCCUACUGCCCAUGCAUAACAAUGCGAGCCAGCAAACUGACCCACUG